AUCAGCUACUCGAAGAUCGAUCGACGGGCCGCAUCGAUGCGCUCGGAGGCAACUCCUCAGGCCUGGGCGUCAACCGCGGGGCUGUGGGGACGCUGGCAGCCGCCAUCUUGGUGGCGGACGGGGUGAGGCCUGGCGCGGAGUCCCUGCGUGACUGGGACUCUUUGCCGAAGGGGAGAAUCUGUGUCCGCCCUCUGCACUAGAGAUGGCUCAUGUGCUCUGUAACAGGGCCAGACUGGUUUCCUAUCUCCCAGGAUUCUGUUCCUUAGUGAAAAGAGUUGUCACGCCAAAAGCCUUUUCAACUGCAGGGUCUUCGGGUUCUGAUGAGUCUCAUGUGGCCACUGCACCCCCAGAUAUAUGCUCCCGGACAGUGUGGCCUGAUGAAACUAUGGGACCAUUUGGCCCUCAGGAUCAGAGGUUCCAGCUUCCUGGGAAUAUGGGCUUUGACUGUCACCUCAAUGGGACUGCUUCCCAGAAGAAAAGCCUGACCCAUAAAACAUUGCCUGAUGUUCUAGCAGAGCCUCUCUCAACUGAAAGACACGAGUUUGUGAUAGCACAGUAUGUGAAUGAGGUUCAGAGUAGUGAUGCUCCUGUUGAACAAGAUAUUAACAGUGCAGAAACUUACUUUGAAAGUGCCCGAGUUGAGUGUGUAAUCCAAACAUGUCCAGAACUGCUGCAAAGAGAUUUUGAGUCACUUUUUCCAGAAGUGGCUAAUAACAAACUGAUGGUUCUGACUGUAACACAGAAAACUGAAAAUGACAUGACUGUGUGGAGUGAAGAGGUAGAACUUGAAAGAGAGAUGCUCUUGGAGAAGUUCAUUAAUGGUGCUAAGGAAAUUUGCUAUGCUCUUCGGGCUGAAGGAUACUGGGCUGACUUCAUUGACCCAUCAUCUGGGUUGGCAUUUUUUGGACCCUAUACGAACAACACACUUUUUGAAACAGAUGAACGCUACCGACAUUUAGGAUUCUCUGUUGAUGACCUUGGCUGCUGUAAAGUGAUCCGUCAUAGUCUCUGGGGUACUCAUGUGUUUGUAGGAAGUAUCUUCACUAAUGCAGCAGCAGACAGCCAUAUCAUUCGGAAGCUCAGUGGAAACUAACAGUGCACUGUGAUAAUUGCAACUCUGUCUGUAAUGGAAUUCUCUGUAUAAACAUUGCAGAGGAACUCAGCCUCUUUGGGAUUCUGGUUUCUAGUUAUUUAUUUCAUCAUUUAUGGGUUUACAUUGGCAGGCAACUUAGAUUUCAAUAUUGCAAAUGCUAGCUCAUAUUCUGGAGUACAUGUUGAACACACCCACAUUCUGUAGAAUGUGGUCAUCAACAUGUAACCAGGGUAUGUAUGGUCUCUUGUUAAUUCUCCCCUUUAUUGGGAAAACCUUAGUUUAAUUAUUUUUUCCAAAAAUAAAUCAUACAUUUGGCUACGAUA